AUGGAAGAACCGAUUCGGGGGACGUCUAGUAAAGCAUCCAAAUUUGCAUCAGACAAAGAUAUAAUUAGCAGCAUGCCAGAGAAUGUGAUUACUAAUAUUAUGGAUCGGUUGGAGAUAGAAGAAGCGGUGAGCACCGGCAUUUUGUCGAGAGACUGGAGGUUAAAGUGGACCUUGCUCACCCGGCUCGUAUUUGAUUCUGAUUUCUUUGAGCGUCUAUCAUAUUUUAAUGAUGAGGCUUGUUACGGGAGGAUAAUAAUAAGUAGGCUUCUUCUUCAUCUUAAAGGUUCAUUAACUAAGUUUGUCCUUGAUGUAAGUGAUGAAAGUUACUUUGAAGAUAUUAGUAGUUGGGUUAUGUUCUUGUCGAGAAACGGAAUUGAGGAAUUCAUUCUUGGAAAUCUGCACACGAUACCACUUAAGUUACCUACCCAUUUUUUCUCUUUUAUGAAGUUGAAACAUUUGGAACUUUAUAAUUGUUGUAUAUGUCCCAUGCCUGGUUUUAGUGGUUUUCCAAAUCUGUUGAGCUUAACUCUGUCUGCUGUUAGCUUUGAAAGCUACCAAUGUGGGGAGUUUCUCACUCGGAGUCCGUUACUUGAAGUUCUGAUAAUUUCUCAUGACAGUCUUACUGGGGUAAUGCAACAUGUUGAGCUUGCAAAACUUGAAAAUCUCAAAGUGUUACGUUUUUCAUUAUGUAAGCUGGAAAGUAUGGGGACGAUCACAAGAUCAAACAUAGUUCACCUUGUGGGGGAGUUCUCUAAACUUCAGGAGCUCGCUCUAGAUUUUUUGGGCUGCAAGGAACUGAAGCUAGAAAGAAUGUCCAAACCACCCUGCCCUGCCUUAAGGCUCUUAACUUAUGGAACAUAG